AUGAGCCGCGCCGCCUCCGCUCUCCGCGCCCGCCACGCCGUCCGCCGCCUCGGCACCUCCUCCUCCCCCUCGUCGUCGGAGGCGUGGGACGUGCCGUUCAUCCGGCUGCAGAAGCAGCGUGGCCAGUACAUGCUCAUCAACCCGCGCGUGCUCGACGACAUCGUGCGCCGCGCCGCGAUCCGCCCGGGCGACGCCGUCCUCGAGGUCGGCCCCGGCACGGGCAACCUCACCGCGCGCCUCCUCGCCUCCCCGGCCGCGCGCGUCGCCGCCGUCGAGAUCGACCCGCGCAUGGCCGCCGCCGCCGCCGCCCGCGCCACCGCCCUCGGCCUCGCGCACAAGCUCACGGUGACCACGGGCGACGCCAUGAAGGUCGAGUUCCCGGAGUUCGACGUCUGCGUCUCCAACAUCCCCUACGUGAUCUCCUCGCCGCUGGCCGCCAAGCUGCUGUUCGGCGCCUACCGGUUCCGGACGGCGACGCUGCUGGUGCAGAAGGAGUUCGCGCGGCGGCUCGUGGGAGCGCCGGGCCACGGGGAGCGCAACCACCUGGCGACCAACGCGCGCCUGGUCGCCGACGUGACGCUGCGCAUGGACGUGGGCAAGGAGGACUUCGUUCCCGUGCCAGGGGUGGACUCCUCCCUCGUCGAGAUCCGGAUGAAGGAGGACCGGCCGGCGGAGGUCGAGCCCGGGAUCGGCCUCGACGAGUGGCUCGAGUUCACGCGCGUGUGCUUCGGACAGCACCGGCUCCAGCAGCAGAAGAAGAAGAAGAAAAGGAAGGAGGAGAAGACCCUCGGCGCUAUCUUCAAGCGGGAAGAGAUGGCCAUGGAGCUGUUCAGACUGUCUCGAAGAGCCGAGGAACGUGACGGCAAUGCCGCCUGUAGCGGCGACCAGAGUGCGCUCCAUGACGACGACGACGACGAUGUGGGUGACGGCGAGUACGAGGAAGAUUGCUGUGAGGUAGCAGAUGGUUUGAGUAAGGAAGAGGUCGUGGCGUUCAAGGAGAGGAUUGCUGGAGCGUUGCAGUCCGCCGGGCUCAACAACGAGAGGCCGUCGAGGCUGUCCAACGACGACCUGCUGCGGUUGCUCCGGCUGUUCAUCAAGCGGGGGGUGCGCUUCCAUUGA